AACACAGAUAACGUUCCCUCAUUAGUACCGAGACAACUCUGUCACAGUAAUGAUGGAUAUUUUAUUAAAAUUAAUUAUUGUCUCUCUCUGUGUAGUUGUAGUGAAGCCAAGUGUCAUUAUACAACGCUACGAUGAUGAUUGUGUACUAGAUCCAGAAUUAGUGGAGGAAAUAGCCUCGUACCAAAAUGUGACGAAAUAUAUCGUGAAUGAAAUUAAAGCUGGAUUGGGGCAUACGAUGUAUCAAGAGUACACUGAAUUCAUAGACAAGUUUGGAGCACGUCCGUCGGGAACAGAUGUAUUAGAAAGGUCAAUAGAUCAUAUGAUAAAUCUCACAAAAAGCAAAGGACUCGAUGACGUCACUACUGAAGAACUAGAGGUGCCGCAUUGGGUACGGAUACACGAAUCGGCAUCUAUGAUACAACCUCAUCUUAAAAACAUUGCCAUUUUGGGAUUUGGACCCAGUGUCAGCACACCACCAGAAGGCAUUACUGCUCAAGCAAUAGUCAUAAACAGUUUUGAAGAACUAGAUAAAAUCAAUGCAAAGGACAUACAAGGUAAAAUUGUAGUAUUUGAUGCACAUUUCAUUAGUUACGGCGAUACUGUUGUUUAUAGAACGCAAGGUGCAUCGAAAGCAGCCAAGAAAGGUGCAGUUGCAACACUAGUUAGAAGUAUUACACCAUUUUCUAUAUAUUCCCCACAUACGGGAGCUCAGUAUUAUGAAGAUAAUGUAACUAAAAUUCCUACUGCUGCUAUCACUUUAGAAGAUGCUGACUUAAUGAGGAGGUUGCAAGACGAAGGUGAGAAGAUAGUCCUGCAUAUAAACAUGUCUAGUACAUUUGAUACUAAAAAGUCAAGAAACACAAUCGUUGAUCUAAAAGGGACAGUGCAUCCUGAGAAAUUGGUAAUCGUGUCAGGUCAUAUAGAUAGUUGGGAUGUAGGACAAGGUGCAAUGGAUGACGGUGGAGGCAUGAUGAUCAGCUGGUUUGUCCCAGUUGUACUAAACCUACUGAAAUUGAAACCAAAGAGAACUGUCCGUGCUAUUUUGUGGACUGCCGAGGAAGCUGGCUUAGUAGGUGCUCAAGCAUACCUGAACAAACAUAUGGAUGAUCUACAUAACAUCAACUUAAUAAUGGAAUCAGAUGAAGGGACUUUUAAGCCGUUGGGGUUAGACUUUGCUGGUUCUAAAAAAGCACGUUGUAUUGUACAAGAGGUGUUGAAACAAUUUGCACCCAUAAAUAAAAUGGAGAAUAGUGGUUACCCGGGAUCAGAUAUAGUCAUAUUUGUACGGAAGGGAGUACCGGGUGCGUCUUUACUGAACCAGAAUGAAAAGUACUACUGGUUCCAUCACAGUGAGGGUGACACUAUGAACGUGCAAAAUAUAAAUGACGUCAUCGAUUGUUCUGCUUUUUGGGCAGCGUUCUCCUAUGUAAUAGCAAACCUGUCUGUAGACAUACCUCGUACAUAAAAACAGUUAUAAUAUUGAAAGUCUUUGCUUUUAAUAUAAAGUCACUUUUAUUAUCUACGACUCCAAAAGCAACAAAACGUUUAAAUCGUAAUGACCAGACAUGAAAUGACACAGUGAUAUAAAGUAUCUUGGUUCAAAAUUUCCUUUCUUCAAACAUAUUUUACAAAUUAUGGAAGUGAAGCUAGAAUCUCCCGAACCGCCGUGGAACCUGGUCCGGAUUUGAAUUUACUACUUUUUUAGUAAAAUCAAAAAACAAGCCGCAGGCACCACUUUUAUGUUGUACAUUUGCCGCGUGAAUUUUGCCGCCAUGACAGUCCUUUGAAAUUCAAUAAAUUGUUAGUAUUGCUACAAAAAAUACUACGUUACUGAACACUGUUCCAAUGUGUAUUUAUUUACGUAAAUCUAUGUUACUGACGGUUAAUAUUGUUUGCUAUUUGAGAGACCAGCUUUGUCUUUUUGUGUUAUCGCGGAACACGUAAAGCUUUAAAUUAUUUUUAGCUUUUUUUUCACGAAAUUGUUGAGGUUAUACACAUUUUCUUAUUUGGUCGCCAUAAAUUUGUCGUUACUGCAAUGUUAUCUAAAAACACGAAAAAGACGCUGCAAAAGGUAAUAAAUAAAGGUCCUAACGCUGAUUUAAAAUAGUAUCACGUCAUUUUGAAACGACCCCAUUUGUUUAAAUACAGGCAACAAUUUCGUUUCUUAAUCACAAAAUAAAGCCUGUAACGUAUUUUUGUGGAAACCGCCAAACACCUGGCGUAAUUCUUUUAAGAAUUCUUGUUGGCGUGGUUCAAAACAUUUCUCGGUAAGCCUUUUUCACGUUAUAGGCGUACAGUCGUACAUUCUCGCGACAGGAAUCCGCGUGUGUCGGGAAAACUGUCGGCUUGCGCCACGAAAUGUGAUUACGUCGCUUACACCUCCGAAAUAGAAUUUGUUAAGGCCGAUACACUUUUCUUUUGAAGUUUUCUGAAGCGUUAUUGCUGUGUCUAGAAUAGGAAAUUAAGAUAACAGUGUUGGAGUAAAGUAAUCAGUUUGGUAUCUUGAAGUUGUUGUUGCUCUUGAUUGCUCACAAGAACAGAGAUCUAUUGGAAUUUACAUGUUUGUUGCUAAGGCUAUUUUGGUAGACAACUAGAGUCUGUACUACAAUAUAAAUCUGACAUGUUUGCUUAUACUAAUUCGUGUACAUGUAAUAAUACACGUACAAAAUAGAUUGAAUAGAUUAAAUCGUCCGACUACACAAAACACUGAAAUAUUAUUGAGAUGUACGUAUGUAACGAAAUAACAUUCCCAUACAUUUGAAUGUUAUUUAUUGACGUCAAAGAUUUCGUAAUUUCACUUGGCUAGAUGGGCUGCAAUAAUGAACAAAAAAGUACAAUUAAACAUCAAAUAUAUUUUUCA